AUGACUUCUCGGAUUGAAAAGACAAUCGCCCGGCAGCGCGAAAAGAUCGCGGAUGGCGCUUACUAUGAAGCUCAUCAGCAGCUCCGCACCAUUGCUGUGCGCUAUAUCAAGCAAUCCAACUACGAUGCGGCGGCCGAACUCCUAGCUGGCGGUGCCACGGCUCUGCUGAAGGCCGGUUCCCAGCAGGGUGCCUCGGCCAGUGGCGGAGACUUGGCAAUUAUGCUGGUAACGGAGGUCUACAACAAGGCAGAGUGGGAAAUCGCCGGUGGCAAUGAUGAUACAGAGGGCCGCGCUAGGAAGAAGCGUUUGAUCGAGCUUUUGCGCGAGUUCCCGUCGGACGAGCCCACGAGGAAGAGAUAUAUUCAGGAAAUGAUUGGAUGGAGUGCGCGUUACGGACCGCUGGAGCGAGGAGAUCCGGAGCUGCACCACGCUGUUGGUUCAGUUUACGCGGAAGAGAAUGAGCCGUACGAUGCCGAGAAGCACCUCAUCCUGGGAACGUCUGAGUCGGCGGAGACUCUGGCGAAACUCGAGUAUGAGUGGUACACUCACGACGAGCCCCACACUGCAGCCAUCUAUGCAUCGCGCGCAGUUCUCCCAUACCUCCUGACCGGCAACCUUCGCAGCGCCAACAAGGCCCUGCUCAUUUUCACCUCUCGGUUGUCGGCCGCAAACCCGUCUCUCGGUGUGCAAGAUGUGAGCAGCGCCAGCUCCGACAUCCGGGUCUUCCCCGUCCUGCCGUUGCUCAACUUCCUCAACAUGUUGCUCUUGACUAUCCAGCGGGGUAGUGCCGAUUUGUUCCGACAGCUCACCGCGCAAUAUGCGCCACAGAUCAGGGAUGUGGGCAUUUGGGACGACGCUCUGGCCCAGAUUGGUGAACAGUACUUCGCCAUCAAGAUUCCCAAGCAAGGGAACCCUCUCUUGGACAUGAUGGGUAACAUGUUCUUCGGUGGUGGCGGACAAGACAACGCCGGGGGGAGAAGGGGGCCACAGUCCCGGGCAAAGACGGUCGAGGCACCUCCAUCAAACAUGGAGCUCGAUUAG